AUGUUUCUAAACAAGAGCCACCUCCCUGCCACGUUCCUCCUGACGGGCAUGCCGGGGUUGGAGUCACUCUAUAGGUGGAUCUCAUUUCCAUUCUGUUUCAUGUUCUUCAUGUCCAUUGUUGGGAAUAGUCUGAUCCUUCUUGUGAUAAUCAAGGAUUACAAGCUCCACCAACCCAUGUUCUUCUUUCUCACCAUGUUGGCCAUCACUGACCUCCUCUUCACCCUGGUCACCAGCCCCUCGGUGCUCGGCAUUUUUUUGUUUGACUAUAAGGUCAUCAGAUCUCAACUCUGCCUCCUACAAAUGUUCUUCAUCCAUUCGCUUUCCAUCACUGAGUCUUCUCUUCUGGUGGCCAUGGCCUUUGAUCGAUAUGUAGCCAUCUGUCAUCCUUUAAGAUACACAUCCACUCUUACCAGCUCUGCUGUGGCCAAGGCUGGUCUUGUCUCUGCCCUGCGGGGCACUCUUAUCCAUAUACCACCCGUAUCCAGCCUGCAAUUUCUGCCCUACUGCAAUGGUAAUGCCCUGUCCCAUUCAUACUGUCUACACCAGGAUGUUAUGGAGUUGGCCUGUCAUGGAACCAACACCUUCAACAUCAUGUAUGGCCUUGCGAUUAUCCUGUGCACGGUUACGCUGGAUCUCAUACUCAUUGUCUUGUCUUACAUUCUGAUACUCCGAGCUGUCUUCCAUGUCACCAAAAUGGACCGUUAUAAGUUAUUCAACACCUGCGUGUCCCACCUCUGUGCCGUGUUUCUGUUCUAUGUUCCCAUCGUGGCUCUGUCCAUAGUACAUAGGUUCGGAAAACAGGUCUCACCCUUAUUCAUGAACAUCAUGGCCAAUGCCUACCUGUUUCUUCCAUCCGUGCUUAACCCCAUCAUCUACAGCAUCAAGAGCAAACAGAUCCGUGAAGUCUUACUUCAGAUGUUCCACGGAAGGCCGAGAGAUUGUUAA